AUGACUUUGUGCAUUAUUACAAAAAAAUCUCCAGAAAGUGAUCCAAGUGUAAAUAAGAAUGAUUCUACUGAAGCAACAAAACCACUCAAUAGCCACGAGUAUUCUACCAAAAAGGCAAAAAAAAAGUUUAAGGCCGAAAAGGUAAACAUUACUAAUGUUGAAAUCAAUGGACCAGCUGAAACCUCUGUCCCUGAUAGACGUCUAACCGUACCUAAAGUGAACUCUACUCCUAACAGGAACGCCAAAGUAGGUAUUAAGCCAAUUUUAAGAGGAGCAGACCCCGAUAAUUCCUUAGAUGUCACUAAUGUUCCACAAAUUAAAAGGAAGAAAAGGAAUAAGUCAGUAAGCUUUAUUUUGGAAGAGAAUGAAGGAGUUGCCAUUAAAAAAACUAAAUCAAAUGACACAAUAUUGUGCAAAAAUGAAAAAAGCAAAAAUAAAAAGAUUAAACAUGAAAAAGAAAACAAGAAUGAUAAUAAUGUUAAAAUUGAUGUCGGUUCUAGUGAAGAAAAUACACAGAGACCUAUACGCACUGGAAAAAAAGUCCCGGGGAAUAUUGUUAAAAAGCGUAAACCUAAAAGUCAAAUAGUUGAGUGUGAGGUGAAUGAAGCGGCAAUGGAUAUAGAAAAAAAUGAAUUUGAAGGAGAUGAUAAGAAACUAUCAGAACCUGUUGCUGAGAAAGGAAAAAAAAAGAAGAAGAAUAAACAUAUAAAAAAACAAACAAGCAGUGAUAAAGUUGACUCAACUGAAACAGAACCAGAUAAAGAUGUAGCUGCAGUUAAAAAAAUAAAGAAAAAAUCUAAAGUUGAAACUGGAGACAUGGAGGUGCCAGAAAAGGUGGCAAUAAAGAAAAAACCACCAGGCAUAGCAGAGGGAAUUAAAAACCUUAAUAUAGGAGACAAUCCUCACAGUCUCACUAAGCUUAUAGAGGGAAUAACAGUCACGAAAAGCAAAAAAAAGAAUAAUAAAAAACGUAAAAAUAGGAAUGCAAAUGCUGCUGUCCUAGUACAGAACUUACCGUUUAAUAUUAUUUUAAAUUACAAGCAGAAACUUAAGGAAUUGUUUUCUCCCUAUGGUGCAGUUCAUUCAGUUGGUAUUGCAGAUUUGACAUGUGAUAAAGACCCUCAACCAUUGUUUACAACGCGAGUUUUCUUCAAAACAGAAGCUGAGGCAACAGCGGCUUUAGAAGAAGACAAGGCAAUGUUUGAAAAUAGUAUAAUACGGGUUAAGAAGUUUAUUAAUAUGGAAAAGCAUUCAUUUAAGCCUGGCCCUUGGGCAAACAGAGCCAAUAAAUGCAAAUCAGGGGUAUUGAAGGCCGAUUCAACUGAAGAAAAAAUAGAAUCAGAUGAAUAUUGA